CUUUGUAGAAUUUGAUUUGUUUUGAUCUCUUUUAUUAUAAAAUUAUUAUUAUAAAUACCGAACCAAACAUUCCUCAAAAAUAACGAAUUAAAGCUGACAACUUAACCUUUUUUUUUGUUUUUGGUUAGAACCUGUUUGGUUUUCUGUUACAAAAGAAGAAACAAGUGUCCCAGAUUCAAAUUCCGUAUUUCUGUUGAAACCAACGAGAUUGCUUAUCAGCUCUUUGGAUUUUUCUCUAAAACCGUUUUAUAGUAAUACGUUUUCCCAUGAAGGAAUGCAUUGCAUUUAAAGGAACCUGAAAAAGUAUCUGCAAACUUGAUGAGCGAGUGGAACAGAUUUUGCAAAUUUAAUUGUGGAAUAAGAAGAUUUGGACUAUAAUGCGUCUCCCUAUCCGUAGCAGUGUAUAUACAAGAAAACCUAACGAGACAAUGAGGCUUUUCAUGACAACUUUUGUCGGAAUUAUUUUUGGAUUCUUUUUAGGAAUAUCAUUUCCAACACUCUCACUAUCUAAGAUGAAUCUUCCAUCUAGUCUAUUUCCUUCAAUUGAUCUGACAUAUAUUGAGGACAAGUACUCUGGUCUUUCAACCCAAGCAUUGUUCAAUGCUUGGUCUUCUAUAAAGGGUAACAAAGGUGACUCUCGGCAUGGCAACGGAACAAAGAUAUGGGUACCAACAAAUCCUCGAGGAGCUGAAAGACUUCCUCCAGGUAUAAUACAAUCUGAGUCGGAUUUCUAUCUCCGCCGAUUGUGGGGUCUGCCUAGUGAGGACUUGUCCACCAAAGCAAAAUAUCUUGUAACUUUUACUGUUGGCUAUGGUCAGAAAGACAAUAUUGAUGCAGCAAUUAAAAAGUUCUCAGAGAAUUUCACCAUUGUAUUGUUUCAUUAUGAUGGCCAUACAACUGAAUGGGAUGAGUUUGAGUGGUCAAAGCGAGCUAUCCACGUGAGUGCUCCCAAGCAAACUAAAUGGUGGUAUGCUAAACGUUUUCUACAUCCUGACAUCGUUGCACCCUAUGAAUAUGUUUUCAUGUGGGAUGAAGAUCUUGGGGUGGAGCAUUUUGAUGCCGAAGAAUACAUUAAACUGGUAAAGAAACACGGUCUGGAGAUUUCACAGCCUGGAUUAAAUCCAGAGAGAGGGACAACAUGGGCCAUGACAAAAAGGAGAGAUGGCUCAGAAGUUCACAAGGACACCGAGGAGAGGCCUGGUUGGUGUACCGAUCCACACUUGCCACCUUGUGCAGCAUUUGUAGAAAUCAUGGCAACUGUGUUUUCUCGGGAUGCAUGGCGUUGUGUUUGGUAUAUGAUUCAGAAUGACUUGAUUCAUGGGUGGGGUUUAGAUUUUGCUCUGAGGAAAUGUGUUGAGCCUGCACAUGAGAAAAUAGGAGUUGUAGAUGCUCAAUGGAUUGUUCAUCAAAGCGUUCCAUCACUUGGGAACCAGGGAAAUGCAGAGAGCGGGAGAGCACCGUGGGAAGGGGUAAGGGAAAGAUGUCGAAAAGAAUGGACUAUGUUUCAAGAUCGAAUGAGCAACGCGGAGAAAGCCUAUUACGAGGCAAUGGGGAUUGAUCCUCGGAAUUUAACAACCAAAUACGGAAACAUUUCAUAAAAUCACCUCAGUCUAAUCUAUGUUGAUGCAAUUUUGACGAUUCUAGAUGGUUUAGUGAGGAUAUAUUUUCUUCCUAGUUAUUUUGAUUCUUUCAAAGUAAUCACACGCCUUCAUUCCAUUAUCCUGUCCACAAAUUGACCAUGAAUGUGGCUGUGUUAUCUUUUGUUCUUAGAGUUUGAUUCUUGUUUUUUGCA